ACCUAGCUCUACAACUCUAGUUCAUUUUGUGAGAGAGCUCUACCCAGCUCCACUUCCAGUUUUGGUGGAGCUGAAACUAUUUGGCUGAGCUCCAGCUCCAGGAGGGGUGGAGCUGGAGCUCUGCCUAACAAGCCCUGAGCAUCGAAAAACCUGGACAUAUGAUACUCCUGCGCUACUGUACAUGUUGCACGGUUGGCAAUUAAUGCGAGGUGCUGGCAACAGAGGAAUGCAUGGUGGCCAUUUUUUCUGCUGCUGCUCCUCGGUGUUGGCGAGACCAUAAAUUCUGCCGUCUUAUCACAUCAAUUUUUUUAAUCAUGUACUGACACCUUACGAUCAAUGCAAAUGAAAUCACAUCACGCAUGGACCUUUCGUUAUCUUUUGAAAGAGGAAGCAGCGAGAGGAGGAAGGUGCAGAAGCAUCUGAAGUUACGGUGUUGCAGGGGAGAUGAAGAUGAAGCGUCUUCCUCUGUUGGUUUUGCUACUCUUUGCAUUUCUUGGAGGAGGAAACAUGUUGCUAGGGAUCGCUUUGGAUGCAAGAAGAAGCACUACGACAUCCUCAGAUCAUCAAACCUAUGGAAGCAUUGAGCUAAACGGCAGGAGAUUACAGGAAAGAAGACUUUCUUCUACUAACCGAAAGACAAGGGCCUUGGAAAAUGUCAGGAUCGAUGACUACCGACCUGUUGAUCCAAGUCCAAGCUCCAAGGCGACUAUCGGGGCAGGUCCAAUUGAGCAUGGCACUCCUCUCCUUCCUUACGUGCCGCGACCGAAGCCGCCUCCUGAUCAUCCUGCCCAAUCUCCUGCCACCUAGGUGAAAACUGAAAUUCUCACAAUGCACUGGAUAGUAUCUCUAGAACCACUAUAUAUAUGGCCAGAAUCUGCUGUUUUGUUCUGCUAUUUUGUUCAGAUUUGCUAAAGUGCCAUAUGCCUUAAACUUUGUUUCCAUGAGCAUUUGAGUACUGCAUGCUUUGUGCUGUGUAUCAAUUUCAUGAUAAGAAGCAAUGUUUCACUCUUCUAUUUUACUUUGCUAGUGAUGGAUUAGGUAACUGCUCAUUUGCUCAAACCUUGAGGAUAUAUGUUUAGUGAACUUUUAGGUGUAACUGACAUCGUCAUGUUGUUGUCACUACUCACAACUGGGACUGAACUUUUGUGUCCUAGUGAGCGCAGAUGUCCAUUUUUCUGAACUUUGAACUUGUGUUUGUACGCCUCAAUUUCUGAUGUGCGUCAUCACCAGAAAGUAGAGAGGUCCUUCCUUAGGCGACGACUAUUGUAGGUGGUUGUGCAAACAUGUGCAUCAUUCUGCUCUCCUAUCCAGUCACUGAACAGAUAAUACUGAAAUUUUAUUGGUUAAUGGAGAAGUUCCUGGAUAUUUCAAUACGUAGCAUAAUAUUAAGUUAUUUUUCAUGGUAAGAUUAGGACUUUAGGAGAGUUAAAAUUUCGGUCAGUAUGAUUAGAAGUAUGACUACUGUAGAUUUGUCUGAACAAAAGCCACUUUACCCUUCAGCUUAUAAGCCGCAUUUAAAUUUAAAUUUUAUUAAUUUUAGAGUUAAUUUUAGGAAUUGUUUUUCAUCGUAAUUUUUUUCACUGUUUUCUUUUAAAUUGUUAACAACAUGUAUAUAUAAGUUUCAUGCACAAAUCAUAUUUUUGUUGCUAAUAAACCGUUAUUUUUUAGAUAAUGGAAGCUUUAUUUAGACUCAGUUAGUUAUAUCAAGAUGAUACAAACAAACUGAGUCAUCCCCGGCCUCUGCAUAAAAUGCACACAGCCAGAAAAGAAGAAAGAAACAACUAGAACAUCUCCCAAGCAUAAAAGUUUGACAGAAACAUAUAUCUUAGUGGCUAUCAAUCCGUAGGCUAGGUCGCCACCCAUGCUCCUGGGUAAAAAAACUCCUGUGCCACCUGGUCCAACUGUCGAGAUACCACCGUAUAUCUUAGUGGCUAUCAAUCCGUAGACUAGACCGCUACCCAUGCUUCUGGGUAAAAAUCUCCUGUGCCACCUGGUCCAAACAUCGAGAUACCACUAUAAUAGUAUCCCGCGGUCCCAGUUGGUGGAGGAUAGCCCAGGUACGUAGCCACCGGGUAACUAAGGUGAUAACCUGCAAAGGAGAAGACACCAUUUUGUUAUCAAAAAUUACUCCAUUCCUGCUUAGCCAAAUGGACCAACACAGAGCUGUUGCACCCAUCAAAAGCAGAUUCCUCAUUUCUUUGGGGACACAUGAUAGCCAACUCCCAAACAUAUGACCAACAUUGCGAGGAGGUUUCAGAUUAGAAGCCAAAUGAAUUACAGACCACACCAAGCGAGAUAAGCGGCA